AUGCAUACAUUUGUGCAUUAUUUGUGCCUUAAGCUUCUUCCUGACCUGCCAGACUCAACCUGCCUGCUGCGAUUAGUUACUCGUAGCUGCGUCACUGUGCUCCACGAUCGGCCAGGGCUACUUGAUGCGCUGCCGAGGAAGGGCUACCUACACCGCUUGGUCGAUUUGCUGGCCGACAUCUCGGAUCCUGAAGGUGCUAAGGCGGCUGUCCAACUGCUGCACCAAAUGUCAAAAAGCAAGGUUGUUUUUCAGGUCUUGUUUUCUUUCGGCCGAUUUGCUUUUAAACCAAGUAUUUUAUAG